AGUAUAUUUUGACAGCUUCUCAGGUGAGACAUCUCGUCCAGGGGCUGUUUCACUUUCUCUGAGUUUCCGAACACACUCGCUGUGAGCCUGGGGCUGACACACUCCAAAAACAAUACUCUAAAGCCCUACCAUCACGGCAACAUGAGCAAAAAGAAAAAGGACUGGAAGGUGGAGAAAGCGCGUCUGUUGGGUCUAGGACUGGAGGAGAGACGUAAGGAGUAUUCGGUGUAUGUACCAUUGGACAAGAUUUCUACUUGGAGGAAACAUGAGAAAAGUAAAGGUAAAGAGGAGGUGGAGGAGCAGGACAUGCCACCAGCUCUGAGUGACAAGGUGUCUCUGUACAAAGGUGACAUCACCACCCUAGAGGUUGAUGCCAUAGUGAAUGCUGCAAACUCCAGUCUCCUGGGCGGUGGUGGAGUGGAUGGCUGCAUACACAAGGCGGCGGGGCCCUGUCUCUACGACGAGUGCACCACGCUGAACGGCUGCGACACCGGCAAUGCCAAGAUCACCGGCGGCUACGACCUCCCGGCCAAAUGUAAGUCCUAUCAAUAAUGCUCUUUACACUGUCCGUCUCUUUUAAUCGCCCG